AUGGGGACCAAGGGCAAAGAAAUGAGCAUAUGGGACCAGAUGGUGCUGGCUACAAAAAAAUCGAAGUUAAAGUCGCAGCUAAAACCAAUUCCAAGGUCAACCGGUGAAUCUUCCGAGAAACAAGAAAAAGAAAGCUAUUGGCAAUAUGACUUGGAAAAGGACGGUUUCAAACCUAAGACCGAUGCAUCGAAUGUGAGCCUGAAAAAAAGAUGUUUCUCAUGGGCCCUUUUCGCCUUUCGUGUGGUAUUCGUCAUUUUAGCUCUUGUACGGUUGCUCAAUUACCAUUUAAGUGAUAACAAGUCCAUAAGCAUUUCGGAUAACGAUAACAUUCAAGACUCUUUUGAAAUCACUAUUGCUGAGCUUCCCACGGAAAACCUGGUCCACACUGACCAAUUGUUGACGUAUUCAUUCGGAAAUUCAUGGGGCCAUCCGGCUCGUGUUCCAUAUACCCCUUACACCGGAUCGCCAUAUAACAAAGUCAUGUUAGAACUCUUUACAAAUGUAUCAGGCAGACAAUAUGACCGUCUAGGCCAUAUAUUCAUCGAUAACAUUACUGUCUGGAGAACAUCUACUGUGGAACCUUACGACAACAAAACGAUCAUCAGUAGAUCUUCGAAGGAUAUCACGGAUUACAUCUCGUUGUUCCAGAAAGGAGAUCCAUUGGAACUAACGUUCCAAUUGGAUAACAUCGUGACGAAGUUGCAAGAUGGUAUUUUCAACGUCGACUUGAGAAUCCACUACUUUGAUUCCCCUACACCGCACCAUGGUAGGGACGAAACGGCUAAAGACUUUUUCUACCAUUACGCAACAACACCACCAAACAGAGUGAUACCUUUGGUAGUGGAUCCGAAAAAGAAGACACCAUUGUUGUAUUAUCCAAUUGCUUCCCAGUCAAAUCCCCGUUGGACUAGACCUUUGGAAGAUUUCGGAGCAAACCUCGAUGGUACGUUGGAGCACGCUAGAUUAGAAGUGUUCCUGUCUGGUAAUGCUGCAGAAGAAUUUUGGUACGGUAAUGUCUUGGAUGAAUACGUUUCCAAAUUCAAAAACAGCUUCCAUGAAAUAUCAGGUCAUGGUCCCGUAAGAGUACUUAAGGUUUAUCUCUACGAUGGCAAGAACGAGUAUCUGGUCGCCACAAUGGUUCCUACUCCUGUCAUUUUCACUGGGGGUUUCUCACCAGCUCUUUGGAGACCAUGUGUUGGAAUCGACGCUUUCGAUUUGGAGCAUUUAUCCAUAGACCUAACACCAUUUUUGUCACUUUUGAAGGAUGAAAAGCCCUGGGAAUUGCAGUUUGAAAUAGUUUCCAGCUUGAACGAUAAAUACAAGGAUACAAUUGGUGAAAAUUGGAUCCUUUCUGGUAAUAUCAAACAAUGGACUAAUCAAGAGUCUAAGAUGGACUAUGGCGAGAUGAUACAAAACACUUUCAAUUCAACCUUUGAUGUCAAUGUAAUCGAUAUUGAUGAUCCAAAUGAAUUGCACCAAACAGUAAAUGCAACUGCAAGAAACGAAGUGGCCAGCGUAGUCUACCUGGAUGAUAAGCCAUAUGUGAUUUCACGUAUUUAUCACAACGAAUUCAUUUCAUCUUUAAAGUUCGUCGAAGAUGGUGACGACGAACAUCACGUAGUGGACCUUGAAAAGUACAACAUUAUCUCGAUAUAUGAGGAAGAAGCAUUUAGAAAAUCUAAUCCGAUCGUUUCUCUUAUUGACAAGUCCUCUUGGCAUUUUGUUGGAAACAUCAAAACCCUAGAUAUUGAUGUUCCAAAAUCAGAGAUGACAUACAGCGCGGCCAUUAGUAGAUCUGUGGACAGAUUUAAAUACAUCAAAGACUAUACAUCAGGACAAGAAUUUGAAGUUAAGAACUCUCAAGAUCUAGUUGAUUAUGCAAACACCCAUGACUCAAUCCCACAUAUUAUAGUCAACGCUCUAAAAGGAUCACAGACUGGUUCGUCAAAGUAUACUUUGGCACCUUCCGGAAAUUAUGGAAGUGGUGAUUCUGUUCACCACGUUAGAGUCUUCAAAGAUUAUCCUUUCAAAGAACAUUAUAAUAGGGACGUGGUCGUUAGUAAGAACUCUGUGGUGUUUGACGUAAUUAAACGCGAUUUAUAA